AUGGCAAAGUAUUGGAUUUACUCAAUUGGCCUUGUUCUCACUGCAAACUUAUUCUCAAAUACAGAAGUAACUUUGGAGGAAAGGAGUCUAAAUUAUGAUCCUGAAGUAUUAUGGCGAUUUGAGGACAAUCGUAUAAUUUCUGAAUAUAAUGGAAGAGCAUUAUCAGUAUUAUUAAUACUGAAACAUAAGGCCUUAGCUCCAAGGUGGCGUUAUGAUCAUAAUACUUCAGUAAUAUUAUGUGUAGAGUAUGAUGGUACAUCGACUGUAGUGAAAUAUGAAAAUAAUCAGCCUUAUCUAGCAUUGAGACCUCUCGAAAAUGGCGAACCUCAAUAUUUUAUUGUGUCAAAAGCCACGCCUUCCGCUAAUAUUUAG